AUGGCAUCCUACGCUUGUAUGGCCCUUCACAUUCCUCCACGCUUAGAAAUUCUUGACCAGAAUGCUGACAACAAUAUUCUACGCCUAUAUGAUCCUUCACAUUUUUGUGGACGACAUGUAGCCGAUGCUUGGAAAGAGACUUCUUGGACACCUCGCAGUACGCUUCUCUGUACUCCUACUGUUAAUAAUGAUGUAAAUGCUGAUGGCAUCGAAUCAAUUCUUGAGCAUAUGAAGAAGAAACUCCAAUCAAUCAGCAAUGAUCGAAAUAAUUUAUCUCGCGCACGUCAAAAAGCACUUUCCAUUCUCUCCUCUUUUAACAAGACGAUCCAAAGACCCGAGAUUCAGAAUGUGCUUCAAGCGAUUAUAAAGAAGAGUGAGGCUGAGUCAAGAAAACUAUUAUAUAAAGAAGCGAUGAAGAUAGAAAACAUAAACGAUAAGAUGUCAAUUGCCCCAGAUACAAGACUGACAGAGGAAUUGAAGAUAAAUCAAACAGAAGUCGAAACGGAUGAGGACGACUCAGAAGGUGAUGACGAGAAAGACCAUUUUAAUUUCCAAACUGAUAAGAAUGAUUUUGAUGACGAACUCGAUGACGAUGGUGAAAAAUCCCCCGUAGUAAUAGUUGUUGAACGUCGGGAAAGUCGGUCAUCGUCUCUUAAUUGCUACCCAUUUACAUAUAAUACCCUCCCUUGUAAUCAUAAAAAAAUUGAUACAGGAGAACAAAUCCUACUUGCGGCCAAAGAUAGUCUCGUCAAUGAUGAAAUUAAGUUUUUCAAGAAAUUCAUCCCAGUUUUCAAGGAAUUUAAAGAAAAACAAAAAACAAAUGUCUAUUCCUGUUCCAAUGAUGAUGUUAUGGAUAUAAGGGGAAAUAGUGAAUUCGCAAAUUAUUUAAGUGUUGACCAAUAUGCUGAACUCUUAUCAGUUAAGCCUAAAAGGGAUGCAAAUAUACCUGCAUCUUGGAGGAGAGUUAUAGACGAUUAUUAUACGGACUCAAUAAAUGAUAAGAAAAAAUCAAUUGAUGAUUGGGUUUGUGUAACAAAUGAUCUUAUUGUAUUAAGCGAGAAAGAUACUGAUGAGACGGCCCAAAUUAAAAAAUAUUUAUAUAUAGUGAUGUCACCUUUGAUUGAAUCAUUUUGCAAACCUAUUCCAGCAAUAAGUGCGCACAACACCAGUGAACAUCAUUACUGGUCGGAAUUUGGUCAUCGUUUUUUUUCUAGAGCAUUAGAUGAUUUUGUUGGACUUGAUUGGCGUGCUAUGGAGGUUCCUGUGCAUGCAUCAAAAUACAGAAAAAAUCACGGUCUUGAUCAUAUAGCUCAAAAAGUGGUUGAUGGAAAGUCAGCCGAUAUACUAGCAUGGACUGAAAGUGGAGAGGAAGUAUUCGUGGGCGAACAAUCGGGGCCUCCAACAAAAUUGGAUUUAACAAAAUUCGCGACAGAUUCCUUUAAACUAUACAGAGAGCUGAGAGAUUGCUUAAAUGUACGGAUCUUGCAUGCAAUGGAGAUUGGUGAUACUAAUUAUAGUAAUCGUAUUGUAUUUGGUGUGUUGGGGCAAUUAUUCGAGAUAAAUAUGUUGCUUAUGUGGAAGGAUGGGGUAUACAUAUAUGAAGAGUUCGGAUCCUUAACUAUCGCAUCUCAUUGUAAUAAAAUAUAUACAAUGAAAACAGGAAUGAUAAGAUUAUUAGAAUUUAUUUUGGUUAUAAAGGAUGAAGUUACAAAAAAAUUCGAAGCCAGUGAAUAUGAUAAUGAUAAGAUACAAUUCUUAAAAAGAAAAUUCAGAGAAAUUUUACCAACUCGUCCUUCACCAAUAAAAAAAUCAAAACUUAAGGACACAUUAAUUUUAUAA